AUGCUCGCUGUGGGAGGACAGGCUCCUUCCAUCGACGAUAUCCUCGCGCACCGCGUCGCUGGCGUCUCCGGCGUGGACUACCGCCCAAGGAGCCUCUGGCUGAAGCUCGGCGCGCCGCAGGCGCGGGCACUCGCCACGGACUGCGCGCAUGUGUUUGGGGCGCAGGAGGGCAGCAACUGGCUGGGUGCGACGGCGACGCCGCGUUGCGCGCUCGAGUGCCUCGCGCGCGCGGUCUUCGAGCGCCACACCGCCGGGGCCACCUUCGACGCCUCCCGCUCCGGCGCCGAGUGGUGGGCGCAGGUGCGCGGCGGCGACGGCGCGAGGGCGGAGGGGAUCGAGUUCCACUGGGAUGUGGACGAGCACCAGUGCGACCGCGCGAGGGGCGUGCACGUGCACCCGCACCUCUCCACAGUCACCUACCUCUCCGCCCACGGCGCGCCCACCGUCGUCCUCGACGCUCGCUCGCGCGCCUCCUCCCCGCGCGCGACGGCGCGGCUGCACGGGCCUCUGUCUGCCGGCGGCCAGCUCAGCCUGCGGUCGCUGCUGCACGGGGCGGUGCCUUGCCUUGGCGAGGCGGUGCCUCCAGGCGCGGGCAAGCGGGUGGGCCGCCUUCUCCUCGGCGUGGGGGCGGGGCGGUGGGUGUGGCUCAACCACACGCCGCACGCGGUGGCGACGCUGCCAAAGAGGCUCGCGAGGGCUCUUGGCGGCGCGGCGCAGCUGCCGCCCGCCUCCGCCUUCGCGGAGGGCGGCGGCGCGCGCCUCUGCCGCGCGGCGAGCCCGCCGCUGGCCGAGGUCCGGGUGCCUGCUGAGGGCCCUCCGGGGGGCGAGAAGGAGCACCUCUGGCUCGAGGUCUCCUUUGGCCGCGACGCAAAGGAAAACGCACUGCGCGUGCGGCUGCCGCGCCGGCCGGCCUCCUCCGCCUCCGCCGCCGGCCCGACCUCCCUGCGCCUGCUCUUUGGCCCCGGCGCGGCGGCGGUGAGCGCAGACGUUGCGGGGCUCAAGCCGACGAAGAAGAAAAAGAGGUCGGGGUAA